AUGAGUGUAUUCAAGUUGCCUCACUCUCUUCUCAAAGAUAUUAACAGUUUAUUCCAUAACUUCUGGUGGGGGCAGCAAGACAGAGAGAACAAGAUCCAUUGGAUUUCUUGGAAAUGGAUGGAGAAAUCUAAACUAGAAGGGGUUAUGAGCUUCAAGGACCUCGAGGCAUUCAACAAAGUCAUGCUUGCCAAACAAUGUUGGAGACUGAUCCAGCAACUCGAAUCCCUUGUAGCCAAAGUGAUGAAAGCCAAAUACUAUCCAAGAUCCAUCUUUCAGCAAGCAAAGUUAGGAACCAAGCCAUCAUUUAUAUGGAGGUGCUUCCUCUCAGCUAGACCUCUUGUUGAAGCAGGUGCUUACUGGAAGGUUGAGAAUGGCAGUGAGAUGCACAUAUGGAAGGACAAAUGGAUUGCACAUCCUACUCCUAGCAAAAGCCUAAGCCCUGUCAAGGUACUGGACAAAAUUGCCACUGUCUCGAGUAGUAACUCAUCCAGAGAAGUAUGGAAUCAACUUUGGCAACUCCAAGUGUCAUAUGGAGAAAAGUAUGGAGAGCGUGUCUAG